AUGCUUCCUCCACUCGGCCUUUGCCGACAGGGGGAGCACUUGGUUUGUCGGCUGCACAAAUCAUUAUACGGGUUGAAGCAAGCAUCACGAAAUUGGUUUGCCAAGUUCACCAAUGCCCUUCAAGAUGCCGGAUUUGUCCAAUCCCUAGCAGAUUAUUCACUUUUCACAAGGUAUCACGAUAAUUCAUUUACCAUUAUAUUAAUUUAUGUAGAUGAUAUUGUCAUUACAGAGAAUGAUCCUAAGGCAAUUCAGUCUCUUAAGGAUUUCCUCCAUGCUCGCUUCCGCAUAAAAGACCUUGGAAAUCUUAAAAUUUUUUUGGGAAUUGAAGUAGCAAGAUCAAAGAAGGGAAUUUUCAUCUCUCAACGCAAGUACGCACUGGAUAUACUUGACGACGCUGGACUUUUGGGUGCUCGCCCUUAUUCAUUUCCCAUGGAGCAGACGCUUAGACUCAACCCUACUGAUGGCAAACCACUACAAGAUCCUACCAGAUACAGGCGAUUAGUAGGUCGCCUCAUUUAUCUCACAGUAACGAGGCCAGAUCUCUCAUUUACUGUCCAUGUGCUUAGCCGUUUCAUGCAUGAGCCGCACCAACCUCAUCUAGAUGCAGCUCUUCGUGUACUACGUUAUUUGAAAGGCUAUCCAGGACAAGGCAUUUUAUUUCCUACGACAAACAACCUAAAGUUAAAGGCAUUUUGUGACUCAGAUUGGGCAAGUUGUCCAACUAACAGGAGAUCUGUCACAGGUUAUUGUACAUUCCUUGGUGAUUCUUUGAUUUCUUGGAAAACCAAAAAACAAAAUACUGUGGCACGUUCCUCUACAGAAGCAGAAUACCGAGCUAUGGCAGAUGCAUGUUGUGAGCUCACAUGGUUACGUUACAUCCUCAAAGACUUGGGCAUUCAACAUUCAGAACCAGCAGUAUUGCAUUGUGAUAAUCACACUACAAGGAAAAACCUCUUUUGUCACGAAAUUUUUAGCGACGCACAAUAUUUUGGUCGCCAAAAAGCGCAUCAGCGACGAACUUUUCCCAGUUAG